AAACAAAUGGUCAUCUGUCAAAAUAUCAACAAACGAAAUGGAACCAGAAAAAAAAACUACAUGCGACACUGGGGAAGAUUUUGUAUAUUGUUGUUCAGGUCUGAAUUUAGAAAGAGUUCCGUAUGGGGACGCCACUUGACACUACCCUAGAACUGUGGGGUGCUGGGUCCGACCAUGGAGCCGGUCCGACGUCCGCCCCGCUCAGACGAGCGUGGUAGCGGGGCGAACUUGACACCUUGGCAACUUAGUAUGGAGACCUCUCACAGUGAUAAAGCUGAGGCCUCAUCACCAGCAUGUCUUGUUCUUCCAGUCAAUCCACUGGCAUCUGUUUCAUCAUCAGGUCAACAUCAGGAGUUACGAAAGGCAGUAAAGCGUAAAGCUGGGAAACAGAAGUCUGUCCAGCCAGUCCAGGAUAGAAAAUAUUCAAAUAUUUUGUCAGAUUGUGCAGAGUGCGGUGAGGUAAAACAGGAGAUAUUGGACAGUACUGAUGAUGCCAUUGUAGGUGACAUGAAUGAACCACUAGAAUCCCAGGAUGCUGAUGAGAUCCAUACAAAUCCAUCUGAUGGAGUCCCUCAUGAAGAAGUAUCCAUUGAUCCUGUGACCCAGUCGUGGUUUACUAGUAGAGACUCCAAAGACAAUCUCUCCAAGAAAGGUCAUAAAUGGAAGCAAGGCAUGUGGUCAAAAGAGGAAGUUGAUAUCUUGGAAAGAAACAUUGAAGAAUAUCUUAAGAUUCGAAAACUAGGAGAUGCUGUAUCAGUAAUAUUUCAGAUGAGUAAAGAGGAGAGGAAGGACUUCUAUCGUUCAAUAGCUAAGGGGCUUCAAAGACCCCUGUUUGCUGUUUACAGGAGGGUCAUUCGCAUGUAUGAUUCCAAGAACCAUGUUGGCAAGUACACUGCUGAAGAUAUAAAGAAGCUCAAAGAGUUACGAGCCAAGUAUGGAAAUGAAUGGUGUGCGAUAGGUGCUGAGAUGGGUCGCAGUGCAUCGUCCGUCAAGGAUAAAGUGAGGCUACUGAAAGAUCACUGCCAGCAAGGCAAAUGGACGCUGAAUGAGGAGCAGAUGCUAACUGAGGCUGUAUACUCAUUGUCCAAGGCCGCCCCUGGUGAGAGCAUAACUACAGGUAUCUCGUGGUCUCAAGUGGCUGCAAAGGUACCCACCAGAACAGAGAAACAGUGCCGUGCUAAGUGGCUUAACUACCUUAACUGGAAGCAUGCAGGGGGCACUGAGUGGACCAAGGAUGAUGAUAAUAAGCUGCUUGAGAGAUUGCUGGAAAGUGAUGCAGAAAAUGAUAGUCAAGUCAACUGGGAUGAGCUAGCAAAAAACUGGAGAAGUGUGCGAUCUCCACAGUGGCUACGCUCAAAAUGGUGGAUGCUUAAGAGACAUAUACCUGGUCAUGAAGAGAUGAGCCUGGCUGCACUAAUUGACCACAUCCGUACCAGUCCCAUUGGCUCCAAGCACGUGAAGACUCUACGUGGAUCCAAACACUUGACACCAGACAUGAAUUUGUCUGUCCCUGUUGCUUCCCUAACAGUACCUAUGGGACCAACAUCAGAGCAAGUAGAUGUGUACCAAUAUGAGGUUCUGGAUACAUCAAUGAACCUGACACCAUCCAAUACGUAUGUCAUACAAAGUACUGCGGGUCAAGGAGAGACAGCAAGUACAGCAGGUUACAUUGUCACUAAUUUACAGGGUGAUCAGUUGCAAGGCAAUGAGAAUGUGACAGUGGAGCUAAAUCAUUUGAAUCGCCAACUGUUGCCAUCUGGCCAAAUCAUCAUAUCUGCUUUAUCUAAGCAUCCUGCCCUAUCCACUCUUUCAAGAAGUGGCUCCUCAAAUAGGGACUAUGGGGCUGUAUCCAGUAAGACAGGCCAGCAGCCUGCUUUAGCUGCAGAUAGAGAGGACAGAACAGGUCUUGUAGGACUCCCAGUCCGAAUCAGUCUAACAACAACUAAUGACAUCAAUAACCAAUCAGAUCCAUCAGAGGAAAACUCAGUCAACCAAUCACAGCUCGUUACCAGCAACAAUGGGCAGCUGUCAAGUGAUAUCAGCCAAUCAGAACAGUCAGAGGACAAUCCUCUCAACCAAUCAGAAAUGAUCAGAGGCCAUGACAGUCAGCUGACCGGGGAUAUCAGCCAGUCAGAUCAAUCAGAGGAUCAUUCACUAAGCAACCAAUCACACUUAAUUGGUACUGAUGCUGUUUUAACCCAGCAGGAUAUGGUUCCUGAGGUGAGUGAGGAACCCGAAGCUCAGCUAGUCAUUGUAAACACAGCACCCUCUAGCAGUUUAAUGCAGCCAGUUGGUACAGUGGAUGAUGCACAACUUGCUGGAGGGGUAUUUUCUCUCUCUGGCCAAAUACUCCAAGGACAGUCUGAUGGCUCAGAUCUCCUGGGAUCCCCAACCAGUGUAGAUUCCAUGACCAGGGAAAAGUUGAGUGUUCCUCCAUCUUCAGAAUUAUCUUAGUUUAUCAGGCAUCUUGGAUAAAGAUACCAAAACCAAGGCAUGGACUUGCUAUGAGGUCUGAGACUGUGUCUUGUGUUAACUCUACGGUGGGGAAGAUUUUGGCUCAUUGUUCAACACCCAGAGGCAUGUUUUAGGCAAAGUAUAAUACAAAAUUUAUAAACUCCUCUUUUCAUUUAAACUUACUGUAAGGUGCUUCAACGACUAUUAAAAUCAUCAUGAAAGAACCAACAUGUAACUUAAUCAUACACAUAAAUGUAAAGCAUUCCACUAAAAAGGAAUAAAGAUUGUCGAGAGUGAUUGCUUUAGGGAAUAGCACACACUUGCUUUUGUGAGUUUAAUUAGUAUCGGGGUCCAUCACAAGACAUAUAUUGUGUUAUGUUGCUUUGAACAAUCUUGCUUAUACUACUACUGUUACAAUCUAAAAAGCUGAUGUGUUAGCAUUUACACAUCUGGCAAUAGAGAAUAGGAUAAUAUGGUUUUUGUAUUACACUAACUCACGCUGGCUAUAAGCUAAUCUGAUUUGAUGCAAUAACUGUGGUGACACUGCUCUCAAACACACUCUUCAGCUUGAUGCAUGCGUGCAUUUGGUGGUAAAUCACAGCGACACCCUGUUGGUCGAAGAGGCAUAUAACAUGCACAUAAUGGCUUCUAAUUGCGGUUGUGAAAUUACGUUAUACUUGCAGAAUAUCGUUUAAGUGAGAAGACGUGUGCUUAUAAGAACAUAGGGUCUAGUGGGCCAAAUGUGAACUUCAGAGAAAUUCACAGUACAUAAAUGUUUGUCCAUUCCAGUUGGAGUAUUUCUAGCUUUUUUAAUCCUGGGAAUGGGAUAGGGGUAAAAUAUACUAAGUCAAGUUCCAUUUAUUUGUUAAUAUUUUGUGUGUAGUCAUUGUUAAUAUACAGAAAAUGAAUGUUUAAGCUUAUAAAUGCAAUGAUAAAAAUAAUUUUAUGAGAUGACAGAUGAAAUUUUCCAUUCCACAUGGCAAAGCCCUUUGGAAUGAAACAUUUUAUUUGUAACUUCUUUAAAUUGUUCUUAACAUUACACGGGUGUCAAAUAUUUUAAUUAUUUGUUUUAUUAAUACCUACACAAGUCCUCCUCUGUAACUGUGGUCAUCGUGUAUUUACAUCUGCCAUUUUGUGAAGCAGAUUUGCAUCCGAUACACCACCUAUUGGUAGUACCAUGCAGUGUUAGACUGGUUCCUGACCCUACAGUAUUUUUCUUUUUCUUACUGGGAAUGAAAUAGUGAAGUUCUAUUCAACAUGUACCAUUGAAUAGAAAAAAUAUUUCAUUGACAUGUGAUUAACAAUCCACCAAUUAGAUGACGGAGAUUCAUACAGGUAUUGUAUAAAACAGACCAUGAGAGAUUGACCUCAACUCAUUUUGGAGCCUUACUCAUCAUUCAUUCUAAAUGAAUGAAUGAGUGAACCAGUGAAGUCAGUGGAUGCCUUUUAUUUGAAAGGCAAUGUUUACACGCCAAGUAUUGAAUUCAGUACAUGAAAAUGAUCCUGCUUAUCAAGUUGAACAUAUUCAUUUGCAUUUAAGAAAGGUUAUUAAACAGAACUUACAUGUACAUGCUCCUCCCAAUCAGAUAAAAAGUUUUUUUUCUGAUGCCUCAUGAUGCUAGUGUGUUGUACAUAAAUUUAUACAGAGGUAGAACAUUACAAACAAGAACGCAAAGGUCAGUUUUAUGUUAAACCUAAUAAAAUUUGUCUAAAUUCUCUCAAGUCUUAAUAUGUAAUUCAGCCCUUGAAAUAUACAAAUUUUCAGAUAGAAAAACCUGAAUAACCAUGGUGUUUUGUGUGUGUACAUGUACUUGCAUUUUAUUAUAUUGUAAGCACUCCACCCCACAUGAAGUACAAAGGUAAAUCUAAUACAGGGCUAAAUGUGUCAAAAGUAAUUUUACUGUUUGCAAAGCCCUUUAAAUAAACAUUUGGAAAGUCGGGUUUUAAAAUUAAGAUGUUUUUGUCGUAAUAUGCUGUGUGAUUUUUAAACUUGUAAGAACCCAUUUUGUACAUGCAUGUCAAUAUUUAAUACAUCUACAUAUGGCCACGGUAAGCUAGUGAUUGGCAUGUAGGUCACGAUACCUGAGGGAAUGUAACUUUUCCUGCUGAAGUAAGUGCUUUCUCUUUAUCUUCCAUGCCUCCUGGUAGGUUUAUUUCCAUUCGGUUUAAUAAUGUGUCCUGAUAUUUGUAUGUAGUUACUCUGGAUGAAUUUAAUGUUCCUUGAAUAUCA